AAGAGAGCAAAAUGUUGAGUUAAAAUCAAUCAAGAAAAAAUUGAAAGAGGAGUGAUUUCCUAAAAAUUCUUGUUUAUGGAUAAAGAAUUACACUUAAGACACUUUCAUCUCUCAAUGUCCAUGUUAACACUUUCUUUUUGCUAAUUGCGUAAUCAUUUAAAUAUGAAAUUAAACUAAAUUAAACUACCAGCCACAAGUCCGUAAACAGCUGUAACAUCUUUUGUUGUAGGCUUGUAAUGGAGGCGAGCUGAUGAUUUAAAGUGAACACAAAACUUUAUAAACUGACUCUCGUCGCACAUUUACUGCAUGUUUACGUGCUUAUGGCGAUACCACCACGCACUACGUCAAAGCAUCGACCAGUAUUAAGAAUGUGUAACUUGAUUGUACCGCAAACGUAUAAAAUAAAGUGUUAAAUUUCAACACAAACGCCACUUUUUAACAAGUAUCUCUGUUGGGAAUUCAACAACUGCAUUCCAUCUCCUGUCUCGCUCAACAACAAACAGGAAACACACGUCCUAUGAAAAGUGGCUGACAUUCCGCUCAGCCAAUAGCGGGCGCGGAACCUUUCGUUAAGCCAAUCGCGUUAGAGAAGAAGGGCGGGACAUCCUGUAAUGUGAUGCAAAUUCGACGGUCAAGCCUGUUAGUCCCACCUUUUUGUGUUUCCCGCACCGUCAAUCAAAAUAGAAAAAAAACGACCCGAAUUCACCGAUCAACACUAGCCCGCCUUUGAUAAAAUAAUCAUGUUUGGAGUUUAGUUUAUCUGAUAAUCCUCCCGGUUACUACCGUUAACGCUAUGACUGGUACGUAAACAUUUAGCGCAUCGAAGCGUGCAACUAAUCGCGCCAGAGCAGCCUCUGAAACAAGGAGAAAUGGCGUCCGCGGACGUGGACAGCAGUCAAAGCGAGUUUCUGCAACCCGCCGGCGCAGCGGAAACACAGACGACAGAUAUGUCAGCCAUUCAGCUGACGGGCUCAGACCGAUGGGAGGUGUUAACUCCAGUCUCAACUGGGAAGGAGGACCAGGGAAUCGUUCACAUUCCAAACUCUGGGAUCGUCACGUCCAACGGGCAGUACAUGCUUCCUAUCGGGAGUCUCCCCAGCCAGCCCAUUUAUGUUACAGCAUCUGGGAAUGAGGCUGCAGCCAACGGCGUGUCCAGCAUUCAGUAUCAGGUCAUACCCCAAAUCCAAAAUGCAGAUGGGACACUUGCAGGAUUCACACAGGGACUGGAUGACGGCACGGGACAGAUCCAGCUCCUCCAAGACGGCACCCAGGGCAGCAUUGGUAUCAGCUGUGCCACGACGGCGACCACAGACCUCCUGACGCAGGCGGGGCAAGUCCAGUCAAUUCAAGGUGUUCCGCUGACUGGGGGGGCAGCGUACACCGGCACAGUCCCCGUAGGACUACCCAGCAAUAUAACAUUCGUCCCUAUAAACAGUGUGGAUCUGGAGUCUCUAGGGCUGACCGGUGCGCAGACGGUCCCCAUUGCAACAGGUGUAACACCCGAAGGUCAGCUGAUCAUGGGCAGCCAGACGCUGGACAAUCAGGGUCAGGACGCUGGCGUCAAGCAGCCGCUGGUGACGGUGAGCGGCACCAACCCGGAGCUCUACGUGCCAACCACCACUUCCUCCUCCAACACCUCCCAGCUUCCGGAGACCAUCGACGGCACUGGGGUUCUGACCCAAGCGACCGCCGUGUCCGCAGGUGUGUCAGACCCCUCCUCGGAGAACUUCAACUCCCACAACCACCUGCAGCAAAUCCAGGUUUCAUCCUCGAACGCCACCACUAUCUCGCAGCCCAUCCUGCAGCUGUCUGGGGACAGUCAAUCCCAGGUGGCUCAGGGUCAGGACCUGACUGCAGCAGGCCAAACUCUGCAGAGUGUGCAGCUGGUCAACCCAGGGACCUUCCUCAUCCAGGCCCAAACUGUCACCGCUACUGGACAGAUCCAGUGGCAGACCUUCCAGGUUCAGGGUGUCCAGUCACUCCAGGGGCUCCAGUUGCCUCAGGGGCAGGGGCAGGCCCAGCAGCUGACCUUAGCCCCGGUCCAUACCCUCCCUCUGGGCCAGACAGGCCAGGUCAGCCUGCCAAACCUCCAGACAGUCACGGUGAACUCUGUAGCGCAAAGUGGAGUUCAGUACACACAGGGGGAGGACACAAACAGUCCAGCUGGUAUCCAGAUUAAGGAGGAGCCGGACUCUGAGGAGUGGCAGCUGAGCGGCGACUCCACGCUGAACCCCAGCGAUCUGAACAACCUGCGUGUCCCGAUGGGAGAUGAGGACAUGGAGACGACAGGCGGGGAGGGCAAGAGGCUCCGCAGAGUAGCCUGCACCUGCCCCAACUGCAAAGAGUCUGGAGGAAGAGGUUCAGGCAUGGGGAAGAAGAAGCAGCAUAUCUGCCACAUCGCCGGCUGCGGGAAGGUUUAUGGUAAGACAUCCCAUCUCCGAGCUCACUUGCGCUGGCACAGUGGAGAGAGGCCCUUCGUCUGUAACUGGAUGUUCUGCGGGAAGAGGUUCACCAGGAGCGACGAGCUGCAAAGACACAGGAGGACACACACAGGAGAGAAGAAGUUCGUGUGCACAGAGUGCUCCAAGAGGUUCAUGCGGAGUGACCACCUGGCCAAGCACAUAAAGACUCACCAGAAUAAAAAAGGUGGGGUGCCCUCCUCCACGUCUCCGCCCACCACCGACGCCGUCAUCACUGCAGACGGCACCACACUCAUCCUCCAGACCGCCGCCCACGACCUCGUAGCCAAUCAGGAGAUCCCUUUGCAGCUGGUCACGGUGGCACCUGGUGAGGUUAUGGAAUGAGGGGGUGAGGUGGUUUUUGAGAACUGGCCUAUCACAGGGACCUCUUGGGCUUUUUUCUCUCCCCUCUUCCUAUUUUGUUUGUUUUUUACAUAUGAAUAUAUACGUAAAUAUAUAUGACAA